CCAAGUGGUUCGAGGGUGGAAAUUAAGACGCAGGAAUAAGUUCAGGAAGCUGAAUAAGUGAAUUUUACCUGCUGCACCUCCACGUCCCUCAGGUGCGUUUGGAAAGCUGACCGUCCAGGAAAGAGAGAGAGGAAGCGCACGAACAGAAACAACCUGGAAAAAACAGGAGCGACUCUAACUGUUUUCAAAUUGUAAUAACGACCAAGCGAGGAAACAUCUGCAGCCAUGAAGAAAUAUUCAUCCCCAGCGAGAUCAGCCAGCGCUCGGACGAGGAGAACAGAAAGAGAGGGAUCUGGCAUCACCAGUCCCACGCUGAAACGGUCGUUUGAGGUAGAGGAGACAGAUUCAACCACACACCCUUCGCCUCUGUCUCGUCGGAACACCAACCCCCUCCGCUCAUCCACCUCCACCACAUCCAGCCAGCGGAGCUACGACCUGAGCUCCCGCAACUCUGACUACUCCUCUUCCAGAUCCGAGUCCUCCAAUCCACGCUCCCCAAAGACCGGCAUAAGUCGCAUUGAGCUAUCAGGGGGUCGUAACCCUGACGCAGCCUCAUCCCGCCGCACAGAAAUGUCCAUUGAGGUCUCCUCUAAGCAGAUUGACAACUCACCCAGUGCUGGCAUCGCCCGCUUUGGUCUCAAGCGACCUGAGGUCAGUCUGAGCAAUCGGAGUACUCUCCUGGACAGCUCCUCCAACUCCACCACCAGCUCCACAAUCAGGCGGGAGCUCAGCAUAACACGGCCCCACGAGCCCCCAGCUCCUCCCAAGAGGAUGGAUGCCCAGCUGACCUCAACCCCAAUCUCAAGAAUCCCUGAGUCUCCUCAGAGAAGACCAGAGCUCCCGUCCAUCAGCCCAAUCGAGGGGCCCUUCAAGAGGCCAGAGAUUCCUGUCUUCAGACGGCCGGACGGUUUGGUGCCAAGCAGUGCAGUGGAGAACAACAACAGCCACCCGCCUCCUGCACCCAGUGCUCCCCUGCCUUCCCUUGCAGAGCCAAGGGUGGAGAGGGUGCAGUCACCUGUCACAGAGCCACCCACAGCCCGACCAACAGACAGGCCAGAGGUGAUUCCCAGCUACAGCAGCAGUGCCAUGUCUGAGGCGGCGGUGCCUGAUGCGAUGGUGGCCCCGGCGGUGGUCAGCCCGUACGGGGAGAAGGCCGGUGGACCCGUGGUGGACUUCAGUUACGUGGGCAUCGACGCCAUUUUGGAGCAGAUGAGGAGGAAGGCCAUGAAGCAGGGUUUUGAGCUCAACAUUAUGGUUGUGGGACAGAGCGGCCUGGGAAAGUCUACUCUGAUGAACACGCUGUUCAAGUCUAAAGUCAGCCGUAAGUCGGUGCUGGCUACAGCCCAGGAGAAGAUCCCCAAAACGAUUGAAAUAAAGUCCAUCAGUCAUGACAUCGAGGAGAAGGGAGUGAGAAUGAAGCUGACGGUCAUUGACACGCCAGGAUUUGGAGACCAGAUUAACAAUGAGAACUGCUGGCAGCCCAUCAUGAAGUUCAUUAAUGACCAGUACGAGGCGUACCUGCAGGAGGAGAUCAACAUCAACAGGAAGAAAAGGAUUCCAGACUCCAGAGUCCACUGCUGCAUAUACUUCAUACCCCCGACCGGACACUGUCUGCGGCCUCUCGACGUAGAAUUCAUGAGACGUCUCAGUAAGGUGGUCAACAUCGUCCCAGUCAUUGCCAAGGCGGAUACACUCACCUUGGAGGAGAGGGACUUCUUCAAAAAGAAGAUCAGGGAAGAGCUGCGAGCCAACGGGAUUGACGUGUACCCUCAGAAAGAAUUCGACGAGGAUGCCGAGGACAGAAUGAUCAACGAGAAGAUCAGGGAGAUGAUCCCAUUUGCUGUGGUGGGCAGUGACCAGGAGUACCAGGUCAAUGGCAGGAGGCUGCUGGGGAGGAAGACCAAGUGGGGAACCAUUGAAGUUGAGAACAUAGCCCACUGUGAGUUUGCCUAUUUACGGGAUCUCCUCAUCAGGACCCAUAUGCAGAACAUUAAGGACAUCACCAGCAGCAUCCACUAUGAAAUGUAUCGCGUGAGGCGCCUCAAUGAGAACAACACGGUUGUGGCUCACGCCAACGGUAUGCCAGAGCACCAUCAUGCCGCCCACGAGAUGUAGACGGCGCCCGCCCCCUCAUUGCGGUCGACCUCGGCCGGGUGUGAUUCAUUUGCUUUGAGACUUUGACCUUCAUUGACAGUCGUCCCACCACUCCGGCCCUCCACUCCAUCUGUCUCCAUCUCACACAAGGUGGGAUAGAAACUUAAAAGCCUGCCAGAGAGGACUUUAUUUCCAGUGACUUUUCAGCGGCUGAGCUGAGCGGACUGUUCAUGUCAGAUUAUUGCCUCAUUAACAAACACUUUCUUCUCACUAUCGCUGACAAAGAGAGCGAAGAGGAGUUUGAUUCUUCGUAACGUGCUGCAGCUUGAUUUUUUUACCUGCUUCCAGAUCUUACAGUAAACCUUUGUGGAGCAAAACAUCUGCCAAACAGAACGGACUGACGCUUUAAUAUCCUUCAGAAUUGCCUUAACCAGUAUCUUGUUAAUCUCGUCCACUUUUACUUCUAAGAUUUAUGUUUUUUCUAGCCGUGCUUAUAAGAAUUGUCGCCACAGAAGCACAGUUUUCUGCACACAGCUGUAUCAACACAUGUGGGAAGUGAUGAUAUUCAUUAUUGCACUUGAUCACUACAUAGUCUGUCAUCGACAAACAUGUUGGAGGAGGGCCGGGCAGCACUUUGCCAACAUGUGACGAACAUAAAAUCUGUUUGACGCAAUGUCAGUCAGCUCUCUCUCCCCUGUAGUUAAACAAAAAAACAGGUUAUCAAAUAGCACAUCAUAUGUUUGUUAUUUUUGUCACAAGCUGUGUUUUGCUUUGUUAAAUAUGGAUGUCAGGUCCAACUUCCCAGUACUAAAUAUCAUUGUUUAUUAAUAGAAAUAUCUUAAGAGUGAUUUAAGAUGAAUAAGUAUUUAUGCACGAUAUAAAAUGUGAAAGUUUUGUCAUCAGUUGUGGUCCACUUAUUCAGAUUAUUCACACGUACGCGCUCUCACACACAUACUUUUCCUGCUUUUGGGCCCGUCGUAGUAGUGCCUUAUUUAUUGGAGAAUGUUUGCUAGCAUUUUGGCUGAAACUGGAAAGAGAGAAACAGGUUCGUUGGUGCCAAGUUGACUACAUUUAGAUAUAUUUUUUUUUCAAUCUUUUACCCUCUGGGAAAAUAAUCCAGUCUUCCGUUGACCAGCUCACCUUUUCUUCUAUUGUUUCAUAAUAUACCAAGGAUCUUUAUCUGUUUGAACCAUAUAUAUAAUUCCCUAAGCUGUCACUGUCAUGCUCUGUCCUGUAUAUUCUUCUGUGUUCUGAUACAUUUUUUUUGUACUUGUAUUAUUGAUAAUAACAAAUUUUCCUUUAUCUUAUUUUAAAGAAAUAAAGAUUAAAGUUGUAAAUAUA